CAGGAUUCCUGGGUUCUCUCCCAACCUUGGAGGGGAGUAGAAUUUGAUGGGUUAAAGGAGCAACUAUGGGGAGCUGGAAGCCAGGACUCCUGGGUGUAUCUCUGCUUUGGUCACGCAGUGUGUUCUAGUGAAUGACUGCUGGGAGCCAGGACUCCUGGGCUCUGCUCCAGGUUUUGGAGGGGAAUGGGGCUUUAGGGCUGGUGGGUUAGAGCAGGGGACUGGAAGCCAGGAUGUCAGAGUUCCACCUCUGUUCUGGGUGGACAGUGAGGUCUGGCAUGUGGGAGAAGUUGAUGGCUGUUCUUUCUCAUGGGUCUCCCGGGUAAUAGCAGGAGGGGCUGGAAGCCAGGAUUCCUGCGUUCUGUCCUGGCUCUAAGGCGGCAGUGGCAUUUGCUGUGUUAAAGUGUGUGAGUGUGUGAGUGUGUGUGUGUGUGGGCGGUGGGGGGAUGGUAGGUAGUAGGCAGGAUUCCUGGGCUCUGUCCUGGUUCUGGGAGGAUAGUGGGCUUUACUAGGGCUGGAGGUGGGGAAGGGGGCUGGGAACUGACAGAGUCCGGGCAGUGAGGCUGGAGUGUUGUUUCCAUCCGUGCCCUUUUUCCUGCAACACACGCUCCUGCUGCGGGCAGAGGGACAGACAGACAGGACCCCUCAGCUGCCCCCUCCUGCUCCUGACACACAGCAGCCCCCACCCCACUUCAGCACCUGGGGCACGGGGCCAGCAAAGGUGCUCAAGCUUGCAUGGGGAAGCCCACAGCAGCAGGGCACGGGUUGUGGGCUGGGCACCUAAAGCUGGAUCAGAGCUGCUGGUACCAGGCAGGGGUUGGACCUGCUGGAGCUGCCAGAACCUGCCCAGCUCAGAGGCACUGGUAGCAGAGCUGGAUCAAAGCCAGGGACCCGAACUGCCAGAACCAAUCUCAGGCCCAAGCAGCUGCUACCAGCCCUGGAUUGGAGAAGCUGGCACCAGCCUGGAGUGGAGGUGCCAGAUUGGGUGUUGUACAGCAGUGCCAGCCCCAGUCCUGGAGUGGAGCCCCUGGAGCCUGCCUCAGCGUGGAGCUUCUGCAUCCAACACCACAGCAGAUCCUCCAGAACCAGCCCUGGGCUCCAAUUCUCAGAACCAGCCCUGCAUUGGACCUGACCAUCCAUCUAGCAAGGAGAGCAUGCCAGGCAUUGGGGGCCCCGCCUGUGCCUCAGAACCGAAAUGAGUAUGGAGAUGGAACCCCAGCCACAGACAUCUGGGAGGGCACUGUGAGUGGGCCUUGCCCAUAGGGGGCACUCCCACCUAAUGGAGCUGCAUACCUUUGGACCCCGGAGUGAGCCCCCACGGCGCCCUAAGGCUGGAGGCACUGAGCCAGGCCCCCCACGGCCCACCAGGCUGGAUGAGCCGCCAAGGUGUAGGGCCAAAUUGGAUGAGGACAGGGAGGAGGGGGCUGAGUGCCGGCUGCGCAGCCCGCCCGGCACCUCCCCAGCUCUGUUGCCUGGUCACAAUGGGCAUUGCUGGCCUGAGGGCCCCACUGAGCCGGGCACCCCACAGGGGGAGCCAUCACGCUAUGGGCGGUACCUAUUGAUCGACAGCCAGGGGCUGCCCUACACAGUGCUGGUGGAAGAGGCCGGUGGGGCAGGCACUGGGACAGGUGCUGGGGAGCGGGCAGCUCUGCGCAAGGUAUACUGCUGCCCUGUGUGCUCCCGGACGUUCGAAUACCUGUCCUACCUGCAGCGCCACAGCAUCACCCACUCGGAGCACAAGCCCCACGUGUGCCGGGCCUGCGGCAAGGCCUUCAAGCGCACCUCGCACCUGGAACGCCACAAGUACACACAUGCUGCCCGCAAGCCCCACCAGUGCCCCAUCUGCCAGCGCAGCUUCCGCGACUCGGGUGAGCUGGCACAUCACCAGCGUGUGCAUACGGGCGAGCGCCCUUACCAGUGUGAUGACUGCCACAUGCGCUUUGGUGAGCGCAACACACUGCAGCGCCACAUCCGGCGCAAGCACCUCCGGCAGCCACCCACACCCUGACCACAGCAUCCUUGCCCCGAAGGGGCAACCAGCACCGCCUUGGCAGCACCCAGGACCUGACCAACAUGCAGAGACCUGGACUGGUAACAAGCUGGAAGCACCCAGAUCCAGAUGAGGCAUGUGGAUCCACUGGGGCAUCUAGGCUGGCCAUGCCCAGGGCUUGCUGUGGUACCAAGCUGGCAGUGUCUCUUCCAUGAUGCAGGCAUGGAGACACCUUGGCAUCUAGGCCCUGAGGUUGUCAUGGUGACUUGCUGUGAUGUGGACAUGGAGACAACCUAGGCCCAGGCUGCCAGCCCCACUCAGUGGGGACCAGUGAGACACGCCCUUGCCCAAGCAGUCCCCUACCCCUUAGCCACCUAGUGUUGUUGUGCUCAUUCGUAUGGGUACAUAGGCGCUCCUGGCAACUAAUCACACUGCAGGCUUGGGCCACAACACAGCACUGUUGCCUGAGAGGGGUGCACCCUGCCAUGACCAUGGGCACUGCUACCUGCCACCACUGGAAGCACUGGCUGCUCCGAGCCAGAGGGGUCCAACUGUGAAAGGAAAAGGUGACCUGAACCUGGCAAACUCACCCUGUGUUCAAGGAGACAAAGGGGAGAGAUUAGCUCUGGGACCAAGGCAAGGGCCCUCCCUCUCCAGGGGGCAAUAGCCCCAAUCCAGCUCCAGGGCAGGGCAUGGCCUGGUGGUGGGGCAUGGGGUGGGGUAGGGGCCUUUCCCUCCAGGUCACAGAAUUCAGUCUCCCAUCCCACAUCAUACAAUGGCAAGAGGGGUUUUGGACCAGUCAGCUCAGGCAGUUUCCCCCCAGGUGGAGGGAUUCAUUCUCUAGGAACAAGCUCACAGGGGCACUAUGCCUGGUCCAUCUAUCCCAGCAUCCUGCCCCCUCCCUUCCCCAAUCAGCCCCAUAGGCCCAUCUACGCUGGUAUCCUGGCCCCUCGUAGCCCCACAGGCCUAUCCACUUCAGCAUCCCACCUCAGACAGCAGCCAGUUCCAGCACUGGACCAGUAACACCCAGGACAGGGGGACACUGCAGCCGUAGUCUUCAUUGCUUGCUGGGACAUGGAGGUUUUUGAACUUGUUCCACCUGUACAGCAUUUUGGAGGGAAGACGCUAGUGGCACUCAAUGUAUUGGAAGGGCCACAGGGCCAUCGCAAAGAGCCCCCUUUUCCAAGUGCAGGAGGUACCAAGACCAAAUGGGGCACAUGUGCAACAGCCCUUCACAGACAAAGCCUGGGGAGUGGACCGUUCCCCCCUGCAUCUAUUUACAGUGCAAAAUCCAUUCUCUCUUUCUUUCUCUCUUUUUUUAAUUAUUAUUAAAACACAUUUUUUAGUUG